AUGCCCGUCCAGCCUCCAAGCAAGGACACAGAGGAGAUGGAAGCAGAGGGUGACUCAGCCGCCGAGAUGAAUGGGGAGGAGGAGGAGAGCGAGGAGGAACGGAGCGGCAGCCAGACCGAGUCCGAAGAGGAGAGCUCAGAGAUGGAUGAGGAGGACUACGAGCGGCGCCGCAGCGAGUGCGUCAGUGAGAUGAUGGACCUGGAGAAGCAGUUCUCGGAGCUGAAGGAGAAGUUGUUCAGGGAAAGACUGAGUCAGCUGCGGGUGCGGCUGGAGGAAGUGGGAGCUGAGAGGGCGCCCGAAUACACGGAGCCCCUGGGGGGGCUGCAGCGGAGCCUCAAGAUUCGCAUUCAGGUGGCAGGGAUUUACAAAGGCUUCUGUCUGGACGUGAUCAGGAACAAGUAUGAGUGUGAACUGCAGGGAGCCAGGCAGCACCUGGAGAGUGAGAAGCUGCUGCUCUACGACACGCUGCAGGGCGAGCUGCAGGAGCGGAUCCAGAGGCUGGAGGAGGACCGCCAGAGCCUGGACAUCAGCUCUGAGUGGUGGGAUGACAAACUGCACGCCAGAGGCAGCUCGAAGACAUGGGACUCCCUGCCGCCCAACAAGAGGAAGAAGGCGCCUCUCGUUUCCGGCCCCUACAUCGUGUACAUGCUGCAGGAGAUUGACAUCCUGGAGGACUGGACGGCCAUCAAAAAGGCAAGGGCAGCUGUGUCCCCUCAGAAGAGAAAAUCAGAUGGACCUUGA